CCCCAAAACCCUAACGAAUGCAACCCCCCGCCCGCCGCCGCCCGCCGCCGAUGUCCGCCCUCUCCUUCCCACUCCCCGGCUGCCUCCGCCGGAGCACCGCCGCCGCCGACGACGACGACGACCCGCGAUCCACGGCGGCCGGGAAAACGAACCUGACCACCAGCCUCUACCGCACUCCCGUCGGCGUCUUCUCCCUCACCUGGUCCCGGACCCGGGUCGGCCGGACCCUCCGGCUCCGCCUCUCCGACCCGCCCGCCUCCCCCUCCGCCUCCGACGGCGGCGACCGCAUCCCCAGCUGUAACUCCCACGCCGCCUCUCCUCCCUCCUCCCCGUUCUCCCCGGUGGCGCCGCCGCCGUCCUCGGCCGCCCUCUCUUUCGACCUCCGCGUCAAGCCCUUCGCCUUCUGGAACAAGCGCGGGUCCAAGAACCUCGGCGGAGCCCGGGUCUUCUGGGACCUCUCGAGGGCCAAGUUCGGUGCCUGCGGACCCGGCCCGGUCUCCGGGUACUACGUGUCCGUGGUGGUCGGCGGCGAGGCGGUGCUCCUCGUGGGCGACCGCGCGAAGGACGCGCGCGCGAGGACCAAGGGGCGGGGGCCCGACCGGAGAGCCCAGGCGCUGGUCCUGCGGCGGGACCACGUGGUCGGCCGCAGGGCUUUCGCGACGGCGGCGAGAUUCGGCGGCAAGGACAGGGAGAUCUCGAUCGACUGCACCACGAACGCCGACGCGAGGCUGUGCUUCGAGGUCGACGGCAAGAGGGUGCUGCAGGUGAAGCGCUUGAAGUGGAAAUUCAGAGGGUGCGAGAGGAUCGAGAUCGACGGCGUCCCGAUCCAGGUCUCGUGGGACGUGUACAACUGGCUGUUCGAGGGUUUUCGAUACGGGCACGCCGUGUUCAUGUUCCGGUUCGACAAGCUCGGCCUCGAGGAGGAGGAGGAGGAAGAGGGAGCAGGGGAGAGCACGCGAAACGGCGACGGCCUCUCGUGGUCGCAGCGGCGGCCGUGGAGCUUCGGGAUGAGCGGGCGGGAGCACCAGAAGAUGAGGAAGAGCAUGUCGCGGGCGGCGGGGAGGAGCUACUCGUCGUCGGCGACGUCCGUGUCGGCGUCCUCGUGGUCGGCCUCCUCCGGCGGGAGCAAUUCGGUGAUGGAGUGGGCGACGGCGGAGGAGAACGAGAUGGGGGCUCCGGCGGGGUUCUCGCUGAUUGUCUAUGCUUGGAAGAAAUGAAGGAUGAUAGGAUCCAAUCCAAUGUUCUCUGUGUGACUCUAAGGUAAAUCUUGGAAGAUUAGACAUUCCUCUAUUAACUCAAAUUCUUUCUCUUGGACAUAAUACAACGAUUUCUUAGCUUUUAGAAUGAAGAUGGAUAGUAGUGUAGAUGGUAUUGGUACCUACCCAGUUAGCAUUAGAUGUAACAUCAAUCUCUUCGUGGGAUGGAUUCAGAUAGGAAGAGACAUAGAUCAGUGAAGUUCUUUUGGUGGUGUAAUCAGGUUGGUGAUUGCUUGAGAAUUCUUUGUAAGUGCCCAUAUCUCUGUAUGUUGAAAUUCUAUUCACACGAGCAAUUCUUCUU